AUGCUCGGACUGUCUCUCGGCCUCGGUCUAAAUCUCGCAUCGUCAUUGAAACGCUACGCUGUCAUCCUGCGCUGGUACCUGCUAACGCGCCGCUACGUCUCGCUCGAGGUCUUCGACCUCAUCCUUGGCUUGGAGACCCUCACUAAGGUCGGCAAGCUAAUGAUCAUCUCGCUCCCCGGCAUCCGCCGCGUAAAACCGCUCCGCAAACUCCCCUGGUUCCGCGAGGCCCGCGACGACGGCACCCGCUUCACCUGGAUCGCAUGUUUGCUUUGGAUUUUGAUCAACAUCGGCGCGCAGAUCCUCGUCGCGGCGUUGUCUCUCUUCUGGCCGGUAGAUCCCUCGGAUGCGGUGCCCCUCAUGACCUACGGCAAUGUGCUCGUUGCGGAUCUGAACACAUGGAGCCUGGACACGCCCGACCCGACCUGGUGGGCAAAUAGCACGUCGAUGGAAGCGGCGUGGGUGGCGGGGAUGGAGGCCAUUGUUUAUCCGGAUAAUUUUAGGCUGAACGAGACGCAGACGGAUCUGUCGUCUUUGCCUGGAACGCCGCUGUACAAGGCGGAUGGGUACUACGAGUACAAGUUCUAUAACCGCAAUCCGGAGCACCAGUACACGAACUACGUCGUUUCGUCGCGCAUCGUGCAGUCCCGCGCUACGUGCGAGCAGCUAGAGACAAGAGGCGAGUAUGUCGACCCCGACGAUGGUCCGAUGUACAUGGAGGGGAGAGAAGAAGGCAAAGACUGGGAACACUAUCUCCUCCCGCAACGCACCACCGGCUCCAUAACCUGGAUCGGCAGCACCUACGCGUUCUGCGGCCCACGCUGUACUAACUUCACCGUCUUCCAGGACAGCGACAACGCCGACAUCAAGUAUCCCUCGCUCUUCCUCUGCAACAGCACCCUCUCCCACAUCACAGGCGGCGAGUCCGACUUCACCAACCUCGCAGACUCGGACAAAGAGCACAUCUACGGCAACGACGACUUCGCGCGCAUCGCCGCCGGAUCCAUGGCCUGGACGGGGUACGCGCUGAACGGCUGGGACGACCGGCAGACGCGCAGCUACCUGCGCGGCAGCAAGUGGAGCCCGUAUCGGAUUAUCUCGAAAGACGAUGUGGAGGAUUUGCUGUCGCGAUUUACGAUUGGCGCGGUGGCUGCGUUCGAUGAUCAUGGGAUACGGUACACAGUGAAGAAUCAGAACAGCAGGCCCAUGCAGGGGCAGCAGCUAACGGUGGACUGGCCGUAUGUGCUGGGCUUGCUGGGCGGCAUUUGCUUUAUCCAGCUUGCGGCGCUGGUGUGUCUGAUCGCGUUUGGGAACAAGUCGAUUAUACGGGAUGAGAGCUUCUUCAGCCUGGCGAUGUUGUUGAGUCCGGUCGUGAACCGGAUUGGGCGCGUGGGGAUGAAUUUAUCGGGGGAUGAGAUCAAGAUGCACCCGAAGUUGCUGUGGAAGAGGAUACGGUAUGACUAUCGCGAGGGCAAGAACGGGGAACCGAACCAGGUGGAUAUUUUCUUCCAGGGGAGGGAUGAUGCGGAGGUGAGACGGAGCUGGGCGCCUGGGGUGUAUAAUUGA